AAGGCGCACAUCCUGACCGAUCCAAAGAAAGCGACUAGGGUCGAUCGAAGUAGCGAGUUGCUUUCUAGCUUUGCGCUGGCGGAGCUCUCCGACAUCGACUGCAGCGAUGAAAAAAUUUUCACGGUUGAAGAAGCCGUGAAUCUUCGAAACCAUAGGAUCAUUGUCCCCAACGUUCAAGCUUCCAAUUCCAGUAGAAGAAUUGUCAGUCGCACGAGCCAACCUUUUCCGGUCAUCGAUUGGGUUCCAAUCAGGCAACGAGCAAGAGCUUUUUGGUUUUCGUGCCGCAAAACGUCAACGUCCUUCCAUGCCAAGAAACAAAAAUCCUCAAACAGUGGUGCAAGAAGGAGCUUUCUGGCUUCAUGGACACUUCAGAAUGGCCGCCUUAUUUGCCGGGUCUGAAUCCCCUGGACUACUCCGUAUGGGACCGUCUGGAGUCCGAGGCCUGUACUUCACCACAUCAGGAGAUCUUGUCUUGCCUCAAUAACGCGUUUCCCAAGAGUCUUUGGGUUUGCAUUCGCGAGCGCCGAUCUUGUUAA